UCUGCUACAGCGUCUGAUUCAAAACAAGGAAGUCGUUGAUUCUGGAACCUCUCUGCUUCUUCAUAAAAGCCCUAAUCGCAAGCUUCAUCGCUCUCAGACCAACAAUCCCAGAAAAACCCCAUUUUUUGUAUUUUCUCCAAAAUUUAAAAAAUGGGUGAUAAUAAAAGAAAGAGAGGUCCAAAACCCAAAACCCCAGCAGCUGAAGAUACCAAUAUCACCACCAUGGAUAUCCAAUACACCAACCCCACCACCGCAAACGACGCCGUUUCAGUUCCCUCGAACGAAACCGCCACUGACCCCAGUAGCUCCCAGCCCAGUCGCCGUGGACGAGGCCGGCCCAGAAAGACCGAGAAGCUCAACAUAGCGGCUUCACCGGAACGACGAAGCUUGAGACACGCGGACCAAAACGGCGAUGGUGGGCACGCCUUGGCUGUCGUUUCCGAGCCACCGUUGAUGGUGCCGAGCUGGGAGAACGUGGCGAGAGUGGUCCCGGCCAUGGAGGCCGUAGUAAAGGUGUUUUGUGUGCACACGGAGCCUAAUUUAUCGUUGCCAUGGCAGAGGAAGAGGCAGUACAGUUCGAGCAGUAGUGGGUUUGUGAUAGGAGGCAGGAGAGUCUUGACCAAUGCGCACUCUGUGGAGCACCAUACCCAGGUUAAGCUCAAGAAACGUGGCUCUGAAACUAAGUACUUGGCCACUGUGUUAGCCAUUGGAACCGAGUGUGAUAUUGCAAUGCUUACGGUGAGUGAUGAUGAAUUCUGGGAAGGAGUUUCACCUGUGGAGUUUGGCGAGUUACCGGCACUCCAAGAUGCUGUGACCGUAGUGGGCUACCCUAUUGGGGGUGACACGAUCUCUGUGACAAGUGGUGUUGUGUCACGUAUGGAGAUACUGUCUUAUGUUCAUGGAUCGACUGAGCUUCUAGGACUGCAGAUAGAUGCUGCAAUAAACUCUGGAAACUCUGGUGGGCCUGCCUUUAAUGAUAAAGGAAAAUGUGUGGGUAUCGCAUUUCAGUCUCUUAAACAUGAGGAUGUGGAAAAUAUAGGUUACGUCAUACCAACACCAGUUAUUAUGCACUUCAUUCAAGAUUAUGAGAAGAAUGGGGAAUAUACAGGGUUCCCAGUUAUUGGAGUUGAAUGGCAGAAGAUGGAAAAUCCUGAUCUGCGCACGUCAAUAGGGAUGAGAACUGAUCAAAAGGGUGUGCGUAUCAGAAGAAUUGAACCUACAGCUCCAGAAUCACAUGUUCUGAAGCCAUCUGAUAUUAUUCUUAGCUUUGAUGGGGUGAACAUUGCAAAUGAUGGCACAGUUCAAUUCAGGCAUGGAGAGCGCAUAGGUUUCAGUUACCUUGUGUCUCAAAAGUAUACUGGUGAUAAUGCUCUAGUAAAAGUUCUUCGUAACUCAGAGAUACUUGAGUACAACAUAAAACUUUCAACUCACAAGCGACUCAUCCCGGCACACAUCAACGGCAAACCUCCUUCAUAUUAUAUCAUUGCUGGUUUUGUUUUUGCAGCAGUAUCUGUUCCAUAUCUGCGUUCUGAGUAUGGAAAGGAUUAUGAAUUUGAUGCUCCAGUGAAACUGUUGGACAAGCAUUUACAUUCAAUGGCGCAGUCUAUCGAUGAACAGCUUGUUGUUGUUUCUCAGGUACUUGUUGCCGACAUUAAUAUUGGAUAUGAGGACAUUGUUAACACUCAGGUUCUCGCUUUUAAUGGUAAACCUGUGAAUAAUCUGAAGAAGUUGGCCAGCAUGGUGGAGAAUUGUGACGACGAGUACCUAAAGUUUGACCUAGAGUACGAUCAGAUGGUUGUACUACAGACAAAAACUGCCAAGGCAGCAACUUUAGAUAUCCUGCUGACACAUUGCAUACCUUCAGCAAUGUCUGAUGACCUUAAGUCUUAAGACUCGAGAGAAGAUCCUAUUCCCAUAGAUGAACUUGACAACGAAUGCUCAUAAAGGGAACGGGGUAUAGACUACGCCACGGAUUUCAUUUUCUUAUGGAGAAUAAGAAUAGAAGCUGGCAAUUUGUUCUUUCCGUUUCUUUGUGUACCAAUUAGACCCUCAGUUGGGGUUGGCAGCGAGGAAAUGAAGUUUGGUAUCCUAGAAUGAGCAGCGUCUCAUGAUCUAUCUUUGUUUGUCGAAUUCAUUUCUUCCAGCUACAAACAUUUGGGCAAUAUAAUGUAACAUUAUUACCAGCUGAUCCAUUUGAGAAAAUUAUAGAAGUUGAGCUGUACAGUUCCCUGUCCCUAGGGUCAUUUAUGUA